AUGCCUCCCAAAACCGGAAAGAAGGCCGCUCCGGCGCCCUUCCCUCAAUCCAAAGCUGGCGCUGCUGGAAAGAAGGCCCCAAAGAACCCUCUGAUUGAGAAGCGCACCCGCAACUUCGGCAUCGGUCAAGAUAUCCAACCGCGAAGAAACCUUUCGCGCAUGGUAAAGUGGCCGGAGUAUGUCCGCCUCCAACGCCAAAAGAAGAUCCUCAACUUGCGCCUGAAGGUCCCACCUGCGAUCGCCCAGUUCCAGAACGUCCUCGACCGCAACACCGCCACCCAAGCCUUCAAGCUCCUCAACAAGUACCGGCCCGAGAGCAAGGCCGAGAAGAAGGAGCGCCUGUUGAAGGAGGCCACCGCCAUCAAGGAGGGCAAGAAGAAGGAGGAUGUCAGCAAGAAGCCAUUCGCCGUCAAGUACGGUCUCAACCACGUUGUUGGCUUGAUUGAGAACAAGAAGCCCGCCCUUGUCCUCAUCCCCAAUGAUGUUGACCCUAUUGAGUUGGUCAUCUUCCUCCCAGCUCUUUGCAAGAAGAUGGGUAUCCCAUAUGCCAUUGUCAAGGGCAAGGCCAGACUCGGCACGGUGGUCCACAAGAAGACCGCCGCCGUCCUCGCCAUCACUGAGGUCCGAUCAGAGGACAAGUCCGAGCUCUCGAAGUUGGUCUCCGCGAUCAAGGAGGGCUACACCGACAAGUAUGAGGAGGCCAAGAGACACUGGGGUGGUGGUAUCAUGGGUGCCAAGGCCAAUGCCCGCACCGAGAAGAAGCGCAAGGCUCUUGAGAGUGCUAUCAAGAUCUAA